UGUCACUGCGAUUGUCAGUCUUUUUGACACCGGGAAUGGGAAUUUUUUUGUUUUCACGCGACUUUGUGAGAGAGAAUUUUUAUUAUAUGAAAUUUUAGGUGUUUUUUAACUGUGAUUGCCAAAGAUGUCAGCAAAGGAGGACAAGAGUCAAGACAAAGAACUCGAUGAUCUGCUAGAUAGUGCCCUCGAGGAUUUUGACAAGGCGGAAGGCACAGCAAAGGGAGAGUCUUCAGAAAAAGGCAACUCUUCCCUGUCAGUUCCAGAGGCUGCCCAGGAAAAUCCCUGGGAUGAGGAAUUUAUAAAAUCCCAAGUUAAGAUGUUUGAGGAGAGGAUGGCUAAAAUGUUUGAGGGUGGAGCAGAAGAUGGUUUUCAGCGAAUGGCUGAAGCCGCUGCAAUGGCUCUCAAUCCAGACACUGAAAAUGUUGCUGAUCCUCAGUUCACACAGACCCUCACAGAUGCUCUUAAGGGACUCAGCGAGGGUGCUGAGACCCUUCAGAGCCCCUUUUCCCCCGACGACAUUGCCGAAAUGUUUGGGAAUGUGGAUUUGAAUGCAUCCGGUGAGAACAAUGCAUUUCUGCCUUUUAUGCAAGGCAUGAUGCAGAGCCUCCUGUCGGCUGAGGUCCUCCUGCCCAGUCUGCAGGAUUUGGUGAGCAAGUAUCCCAAGUGGCUAGAGGAGAAUGGCUCAAAAGUUCCUGCAGCUGACAGGGAAAGGUAUGAGAAGCAGCAUGAGCUACUCAAGACCGUCUGUCAGCAGUUGGAGAAGGAAUCACCCAAUGAUACACCCGAAGUCAAAAAGGAGCAAUUUCAGAAGGUUUUUGAAUCAAUGCAGAAGAUGCAGGAACUGGGCCAGCCACCGGCUGAACUGAUGGACGUGGGUGUUGAUCCUACCCAGUUGAAUAAUCCCAACCAGUGUCCGAUGAUGUGAGAUCCGGUGUAAUCUCCCCAGUUACUGCCCUUUUUGUAUCCGGGAGUCUUGUUGCGUGAAUAAAUUGGUGAUUGUGGAA